AUGCUUGUUGCUUUGCCCCAGGAGAUCGCCUACUGGAUAUGCCAGUGUCUCGACGAACCGAGUCUCUGUAAGCUCUAUUUGGGGUUUACUGGCCACCCGCUUCAACCGUUGAUUGCUGAUUGUCUUAAGACGAGGAAACUUUCAGUGUCGACGACACCGCUUGUUGAUAACGACCCUAGUGAGGUCGAUUUGGCUUUAUUAAGUCAGCUCCCUCCGUGUAACAUUGACGCCUUGAUCUCGCUGCCAAAAUGGCCUAAACUCGAGGAAUUCCUAAGACAGUACCCCCAGUUAAGUGUGCUGUUGACGUUGCUGGGAGAUAGCCAUUUUCUGGUACCCUAUUUCAAAACGAGCCAAAUCGAUAGUCUACGCAUCUUCAAUUGCGAGUAUAUCGUCGACCACCUUCCCAGAACUGUUUCCAAAUUGUGUAUUGUCCAAGGUCAGAUUGACCUGGGUGAUUUCCGUCAAUUUGACCGGUUAAAGGAACUUGUCAUUCAACACGUCAUUUGCCCUGAGAACGAAAUAUUCAGGUUUCCACCAUCACUACAGAAAUUGAGGUUACCAAAUGGGUACAGAUACGACCCAGUGACGCUUACUGGAGUAGUAAACGCCCGUGUGGAUUUCUAUGGCAAACUUCCAUGGUCUCAGUUAGUCAGAGUCGAUGGCAUUCGCCACUUACACGAUGGCUUUGACAUUAGCCACCUUGAGGAAGUGUCGGUAAGCGAGAUUGGCUCUUCUUUUGCUAAGCUCGAUAUGCCCAAGCUUAAAGAGCUUUCCAUCGUCCAGAAUCCUGACCAAUUGCUUGACGUGUGUCAGUACUUAUCGGAGACACAAAUGGCUCAACUCUCGAUCCUAAACGCCGAGAACUUUGUCAUUAACUCGUACCACAGUUUCCGUAACCUUCAUCGACUUCAGAUCUCAAUGACGUCACCAUUGACGACCCAUACCCCGUUCCCCUCAUCGUUAAAGACGUUAAUCGUCAAGAGCUACGCUGCAAUUGAAGGGAUCCCUCCACAAGUCACUGAGUUUAAAGUUGAGGGCCAUGAGGUAUCCCUCAAUUCAAAUAAUCUCCGCGAUUUGACAAUGACUGGUGUUGCAAAUGCUACCGUGGUUGCCCCUAAUUUAUCACGUAUUGUCGUCAAACAGUGUGUGCCCACUGGUGUUGAGUUUACCAAUUUCCCCAAUCUCUUGACCGCAUUUAUCCACGCCCAUUCUCUGGAGUUACAGAGCCUUCGCUUUGGCGACCACCUCAAUAAAAUCGUCAUCUGCUGUGACGAGUUGCGCCACCUGUGGCUUAAGCUGAAAGCCUACGUGCUGGUGAGAGCGGCACGCCUUCAUAACGUCCAGUUUGAUGCUCCCAAGCUGGUAAUCGAGGCACUGGACUUUGACUUCCUUUCCCUCGCCAAUUGUCAAAGUCUUUGCAUCUCUGAGUGCAGCGUGUUACCUCCGACCCUCCAGAAAGUACACGUGCUGUUUUGCCUGAUCGACCCGAGUUUUCUCCUUCAGUGUCCCCAGAUCAAAAACGUCUUUUUAGACCGGUGUGACUUUUCCAAGCUCUGUCGCCAUCAUCGCCUUUACGUACCACUGACAGUGGAGAAGUUCAAAGUUAGAGGUAAUGUGAGCAACUUGUGGAUGAAGUGGGCCGAUGAAACUAAGCUCGACUCCCUAGAAGUGCUCCACCCCGAUAACUGUCCUGUACCGCAUCUCACGUGGACGAUGCUUGGCCUCUCGCUGCCACCACCUCACGCCUGGGUAGGACUUACACCAGCUCCCGUCUACUAA